AUGGACUCGCGGCCAAAUAUUCUCUUCAUCAUGGCAGAUGACCAUGCAUCCAAAGCCAUCAGUGCUUACGGCGCUGGCAUAAACAAUACGCCAAACCUCGAUCGGAUUGCCAAAAAUGGCAUGCUAUUCAAUCACUGCUAUGUAACAAACUCCAUCUGUACACCAUCUCGAGCGGCCAUUCUUACAGGAACAUACAACCACGUGAACGGGGUCAUGACGCUCGACAACCAUAUCAACAAACAUAUGCCCAACGUAGCGAAGCAUAUGCGCACAGGCGGUUACCGUACGGCAAUUGUGGGCAAGUGGCAUUUGGGCGAAGGUGAACCACACGAGCCGACGGGUUUCGACUACUGGAGCGUCUUGCCAGGACAAGGGGACUACUGGGACCCCGAGUUCAUCGAAAUGCCCCCCGGCGACAAAGGCGCAGCCGUCGAGCGUCACGAAACAGGCUAUGUCACGGACAUCAUCACCGACAAGUGCCUCGAGUGGAUAACUGCAACUGAGAGCUCUGGCAAGCCGUUCUUUGUGAUGUGCCAUCACAAAGCCCCUCACCGAUCUUGGGAAUGCGAUACAAAGCACAAGAGCCUGUAUGCCGACAAGCCGAUCAAGGUUCCAGAGACGUACGACGAUGACUACAAGAAUAGAGCUAAAGCUGCCAGAGUGGCCAAAAUGCGCGUGGCUGAGGACUUGACAUAUCAGGAUCUUGGGCUCGUUCAGCCAGAUGGCGGUCGGUCGGUAGGCGAGCGUGUCACCCAAGAGUCUGGCUCAGCCCAACGCAAGAUCCCAACAGACCCGAGUAUUAAACUGAUUGACAAAGAUGAUGGCACCGUUUUCACUUUCACUACACCUGGCGAGCUGUCUGCCUUCAAGUUCCAACGCUACAUGCAGCGGUACCUGCGCGUGAUCCAAUCUGUGGAUGACAACGUUGGGCGCAUGCUGGACUAUCUUGACCAAAAGGGCCUUACGGAGAAUACUCUUGUUAUUUACACCUCGGACCAGGGCUUUUUCUUAGGUGAGCAUGGAUGGUUCGACAAAAGGUUCAUGUACGAGGAAUCUUUCCAGAUGCCCUUCCUAGCGCAGUUCCCGAAGCAAAUUCCAGCCGGCUCUAUCAGCAACGAGAUAUUCUGCAACAUCGACUUUGCCCCGACCUUCCUCGAGCUGGCCGGCAUCAGGAUCCCGAACUAUAUGCAAGGCAGGUCGGCACUGCCUCUGAUGCGCGGGGGUCCCGUGACGGGCCCGGAAUGGGAGAAUGUCGCGUACCACCGUUACUGGAUGCACAACGAUGUAAUUCACCAGGCCUAUGCGCACUACGGAUGCCGCAAUCAGCGGUAUAAGCUCAUUUACUGGUACAACGAGGACCUUGGAGUUGUAGGCGCGCGGCCAGGAAGGGCAGACAAUAUUAAUGAGCCAGAGGAAAAGGAGUGGGAGCUUUUUGAUUGCGAGAAGGACCCUCUUGAGCUCUUCAACUUGUACAAUGAUAGUGCGUAUAGUGACGUGGUCAAGCACAUGACGGCUCUCCUCGAGGCCAAGAUGGAGCAUAUUGGCGAUGAUCCGAUCCAUCUCCGGCUGAGUGGCCCAAGCAAAGGUGUCCCAGCGGUAGUCAAGUAUGCAGAACAGAACGGCGUGCGACCCGAGGAUGCGCUGAAGCAGAGGUUGUGA